AAAAAAGUGCUGAGCGCUCGAUGCCUUUUGCAUUGAUCCCUGGAGUCAACAAACAGUACUGAAAGAGCUGACCUUUAAACUAAGCACUCGCCCCAAAGCGGGCCCCUAAAAUCCCAGUGACUCCAGUGCAAUGUGCUCCAAUCGGCACACAGCGCUCACCGGGGGUAUCAUCUUGCCUCGUUGAGGAGAGGGAAGGGGCUGAGCCGAACAGUCCAGCUCCAGUCUGAACCAAAUCCUCCCACAGUCAGGCUGCUCGCUACAUCUGGCCACUUCAACCGCUCUAACUGUACAAGAGAGAGGGACGGCGCGACGCGACCAGGCAGAGGACCUGUAGCUUUGAACAACCUUUGGAGAUCGCCAAACCAGAGGAGAGAAACGUUUAUUGUUUCUGUUGCCUCGCAGAUCAAACGUUUGUUUUUUUUUUCUAAAUGCAUCGCCAAGAUUUACGCGUCGUUUGACUUUUGGUGGAAGGUAUUCUGCCCUUGUUUGAACCGACCGUGCCAACGAACAUGAAGUGGUUGGUUCAAACCUUCACAGCGUGCCUUGUCCUGCUUUCGCGUCCGGCCACUCUAGAUGUUCCUGGAGGCGAGGAGAAGGCGCCGGACGUCCCGGAGGGAGCCUCCACCCUCGCCUUCGUGUUUGAUGUCACCGGCUCCAUGUACGAUGACUUGGUCCAAGUCAUCGAAGGAGCUUCCAAGAUUUUGGAAACGUCCCUCAGUCGACCCAAGAAGCCCCUAUACAACUUUGCCCUUGUGCCCUUUCACGACCCAGAGGUUGGACCAGUCACCAUUACUACAGAUCCAAAGAAGUUUCAAUAUGAACUCAGAGAACUAUAUGUACAGGGUGGUGGUGACUGCCCAGAAAUGAGCAUCAGUGCAAUCAAAAUCGCUUUGGAAAUCUCCCUUCCUGGGUCUUUCAUCUACGUCUUCACAGAUGCACGAUCAAAGGACUACAAGCUAGCUCACGAAGUAUUGCAGCUUAUCCAGCAGAAGCAAUCUCAGGUUGUAUUUGUGCUCACUGGAGACUGUGAUGAUCGAAGCCAUGUUGGUUAUAAGGUAUAUGAAGAAAUCGCUUCCACGAGUUCUGGCCAGGUCUUCCACCUUGACAAGAAACAAGUCAAUGAGGUUCUGAAAUGGGUAAAAGAAGCAGUCCAAGCAUCCAAAGUUCAUCUGCUUUCCACAGACCAUGCCGUACAGUCCAUAAACACCUGGCAAAUUCCCUUUGAUCCCAGUCUCCGAGAGGUGACAGUGUCUCUCAGUGGUCCUGCCCCUUUUAUUGAGAUCCAGGAUCCUUCAGGAAAAAUAAUAAGGAAAGAAUCUGGUCUUAAUCAGCUUUUAUAUAUCGUGAACUCUGCCAGGGUGGUUAACAUCAAGGAUCCAGGACCAGGACUUUGGACCAUUAAGACUGCAAGUGCUGGGAGGCAUUCAGUUCGAAUCACAGGCCUCAGUACUAUUGACUUUCGAGCUGGAUUUUCACGAAAACCAACAAUUAAUUUCAAGAGGAUUGGCAACAGACCUGUGCAAGGUAUCCCAACGUACCUACUGUUGAAUACAACUGGACUCGCACCUCCUGCUCGAGUGGAUCGCGUGGAGCUUCUCAGCACGUCGGGCACGACAUUGAAGACGAUUCCAAUAAGGUAUUACCCUGACCGAAAGCCUUACAGCGUCCUGAACGUGACUGAAUUUAUUCCACCCGAUGAAGCCUUUUUCUUGAAAGUGACUGGAUAUGACACCAAAGAGUACCUCUUCCAGCGAGUAUCCAGUGUGUCGUACUCCAACAUUGUCCCAGGUGCUCCAAAGGUCACAAUGCCGGCGCAGACUCCAGGUUACUACCUGCAGACUGGCUACAUCUCAUGUACUGUGGAAAGCCUCAUUCCCUUCACACUGCGUUUCAGCAGAGCUGGUUCAAAACUUGGAACAGAUCAGUUUUACAAGGAAUCUGCCAUUGUGGGUUUGGAAAUCCCUCGUGUUUCUGCAGUGCAUGAAGGCUUUUAUGAAUGCAUAGCAAUCAGCAGUGCUGGCACUGGGCGUGCACAGACCUUCCUGGAUGUAUCAGAGCCGCCUCCAAUAAUUCAAGUGCCCAACAAUGUUACUGCCAUUCCUGGGGAGAGGGCCAUACUCACCUGCUUGACACUCAGCACAGUGCGUUACAACCUCACCUGGAGUAGAAAUGGCUUUGACCCAAGACUGGCAGAGAGACACAGGGUGCGAGUAAUGAGCAACCUGUCUCUGGAGAUCAGGAGUGUGCAGCCAGCCGACGCUGGCCCAUUCAGCUGCAUCGCUGCAAAUGAAGGGGGGGCCACGUCUGCUUCUGUCUACUUGAUUGUGCAAGAACCUCCACGAGUCACCGUGUAUCCCACAAACCAGACCUUCACAGAAGGGAGGGAGGUGCAAAUCGGCUGCACUGCCACUGGCUACCCACAUCCACACAUAGUCUGGACUCAUAAUGACAUGUUUCUAAUGGGAACAAACAGGCAUAUGCUAAGCAAAACUGGCAGUCUAAUUAUUAGACCUGCUUCUCGGAAGGAUUCUGGAAUUUAUACCUGCCUGAGCAGUAACGCUGCAGGGACAGACAGACAGGCAUCCAUCCUCACCUAUAUAGAGGCUCCAAAGGUUACUGUUGUCCGAAAGGAAAUCCUUAUUGGCCUUGGGGAUACUGCAGUUCUGGAAUGCAGAGCCUCUGGUGUUCCAGAGCCAGCGGUCAAAUGGUUCAAAGGUGACCUCGAGCUGAAUCCUUCCAAUUUUCUGAGCAUUGAUAGUCGUGGAGGUAUUCUGGAGAUACAGGAAAUACAGGACUUGGAUGCUGGAGACUAUACCUGUGUGGCUGUGAAUUAUGCUGGAAGAGCGUCUGGCCAGGUUACUUUGGAUGUUGGUUCGUCACCUGUUUUCUCGCAAGCCCCGUUGGAUAUCUCCAAGGACAUUGGUUCAAAUCUGACAUUGCCUUGCCAGGCGCUGGGUUACCCCAACCCCCGGAUCAGGUGGCGGCGAGUGGAUGGGGUGUCCAUCUUCUCCAGACACUCCACAGUUAGUUCAGUGACUCAACUGAGAACAGGAAGUCUCUUUUUUAACAAUCUCUGGGUGGAGGAUGAAGCCACAUACAUCUGUGAAGCUGAAAACCAGUUUGGAAAGAUCCAGGCUCAGGCUACCGUGACAGUAACAGGAUUGGUUAAACCGCUGAUUGGCAUCAGACCAGGUGUGGUCAACAUCAUUGAAGGGCAGCCUUUGACCUUGCCGUGUAUAUUAUUGGCUGGAAAUCCUCUCCCAGAGCGACGUUGGAUAAAAAAUAACGUAAAGGUGAUAUCAGAUGGGUAUGUGACUGUACGCAGGGAUAAAAGUCUUCAUAUUGAAAGGAUUCGCCUACGAGAUGGUGGAAAAUAUAUGUGUCUUGCCAGCAACGUGGCUGGAACAAGCAACAGAACAACUACUGUGACCAUAUUUGUGCUCCCCACCAUACAAUAUGGACCUCAGAUAUUCAGCACCAUUGAGGGAGUUCCAGUUCGACUACCUUGUAAAGUACAUGGUGUUCCCAAGCCUUCUGUUGCCUGGUCUAAGAAUGGCGAACUCAUUAGCCAGCAUUUGAGGAACGUCAGUAUUCAAUCCGUUGGCAGUUUACUGAUAUCUUCACCAAGUGGCAGAGAGACUGGGGAAUUUGUGUGCACAGCUACAAACGCCGCAGGUUAUGCCUCACGCAAAGUUCAGCUGACAGUUUAUGUUAAACCAAGAAUUGUUACUCAGUCGGGAGGAGGAUCUGCAGGGAGAGGUCCAAUGGAAUUAUCAGUGAUAGAAGGAGAAGAUAUUACGUUGCCUUGUGAAGUCCAUAGCUUUCCACCUCCCGUUAUCCACUGGGCCAAAAAUAUGCAACUUAUCUCUCCUUUCUCACCAAGACACACUCAACUUUCCUCUGGAUCACUGAAGAUUAUUGCGACCAGACUGUCAGAUACUGCAAUGUACUUUUGUGUUGCUACAAAUAUUGCUGGGAACAUUACACAAUAUAUUAGACUGAAUGUCCAUGUUCCUCCAAGAAUUCAGUCCGGACCCCGCAUUAUGAAAGUCCAAUCUGGUCACAGGAUUGACAUCCCCUGCAAUGCACAGGGUGUGCCAACCCCCACCAUAACCUGGUAUAAAGGAGGGAGAAGCAUUCACUUCAAUAAGGAGCCGUACAGUGUGACUGCAGAAGGAACGCUGACUAUUAAGCGGGUCCAACUCAGCGAUGAUGGACCUUAUACGUGUGUCGCCAAGAAUGUGGCUGGUCAACAUGAAGUAAAUACAACUCUACAGGUUCACGAACCUCCUACUGUUGAAGACCCAGGACCUCCAUAUAAUACUCCUUUCCAAGAGAGAAUGGCAAACCAACGUAUUGCAUUCCCGUGCCCAGCCAAAGGUACCCCAAAACCUGUAAUUAAGUGGCUACGCAAUGGAAGAGAGCUAACUGGACGUGAGCCUGGUGUUUCCAUUUUGGAUGAUGGGACCUUGCUCAUUGAUACAGUUUCACCACAUGAUAAUGGAGAAUAUGUCUGUGUGGCAGUCAAUGAGGCUGGAACAACAGAAAGAAAAUACCAGCUCAAGGUCCAUGUCCCUCCUGAUAUCAGGGAUGAUGGAAAGCCAGCCAAUCUAUCAGUUGUCAUGAACCAACCCAUCAACCUCUUCUGUGAUGUGUCGGGACACCCUGCUCCCAUUAUAUCCUGGUACAAAGAUGGACUCCCAGUUAGGGGCAGUCAUGCCAUACAGAUAUUGAACAGAGGAAAGACCCUGAGAGUGCACAAGACUGCAACUGGUGACACAGGGAGAUACACCUGUCGAGGAAUCAACAUUGCCGGAACUGCAGAGAAGAUUUUCAACUUGGAAGUGCUAGUUCCUCCGAGUAUAAUAGGUGCUGGCAGUCCAAGUGAAGUCUCAGUGAUUCUGAAUCAGGAAGCAUCGCUGGAGUGUAAAGUCCAAGGCAUUCCAUUUCCACAUAUUCAGUGGUACAAGGACCACAGGGUUCUUUUCCUGGGUAGCCCUAACAUGGAGGUAAGAAAUGAUGGCCAGGUGCUACACAUAAAGAGUGCACGUUUAUCUGACCAAGGCAACUACCAAUGCAGUGCUGUGAAUGCUGCAGGAAAACGAUUCAAGGAGUUCAAACUCAACGUCUAUGUUGCACCUAGCAUCAAAGGCGGUAAUAUCUCAAGUGACGUGACCGUUCUGCUCAACAACCCUGUCCUACUGGAAUGUGAAGCUCGCGGCGUUCCCCUGCCUGCCAUAACGUGGUACAGAGCCAACCGCCCAAUCAUCUCCAGUUCGCAAGCUACGUAUAUUGACAGAGGGCACUUUCUUCAGAUACCUCGGGCCCAUGUAUCAGACGCUGGUCAAUACUCCUGCCGUGUCACCAGCAUCGCUGGAACUGCUGAAAAACUCUAUGAGCUAGAUGUGUAUGUUCCUCCAAAUGUUGAAGGACAGCCUGAUACCCCUCUGUUGAAGAAAGUAAUUGCUAAUAGCUCAGUGGUUCUACACUGUGAGGCAUCUGGCCACCCACCUCCGGUUCUUACUUGGCUGAAGGAUGGGGGCCCCGUGAAAGCUACUAACCACAUGCGUGUCCUGCAGGGAGGCAGGAUGUUGGAGAUUCUCAAUGUGGUCGUGGCCAAUGCAGGGGGCUACACGUGCGUGGCUAGUAGUAUUGCCGGAGAAAGCCAAAUAAAGUACACCUUGGAUGUUCUAGUGCCUCCAAAUAUAGAAGGGGGUGAUGAAGCCAUGGAUGCCACAGUAAUUGCCCAUUAUACUCUGGAACUUGAGUGUAAUGCAGCUGGAACUCCUCCUCCGAAUAUUAUGUGGAUGAAGGAUGGCCAACCUAUUAAACAUAUAGCUGGUGUUCAAAUUACAGCCAAUGGUCAGAAAUUGAUCAUCUUCCAAGCCCAGAUCUCUAACACAGGCAGAUACCAGUGUGUAGCUACUAAUGAAGCAGGCAGUCGGCAGCGAGAAUUUAAUGUCAUUGUUCAAGUCUCCCCAACAAUUAGAUCAAUGGGCCCCCUGGAAAGAUCAGUUGUUGUUCAUAAAACAGUGAUCCUGCAAUGCGUAGCUAAUGGGAUCCCAAACCCCACCAUUACAUGGCUCAAAGAUGGACGGCCUGUAAACACAGCAAGAGGAAACAUCAAGCUGGAGUUUGCAGGUCAUAAGCUGCAGAUUGUGAAUGUUUUACUGGAGGAUGCGGGCCGGUAUACAUGUGUGGCAACAAACGCUGCUGGAGAAGCACAGCAGCACAUCAGACUCAACGUGCAUGAACCUCCGACCAUUGAAGAUGGAGGCCUAACUCUGAACAAGACUGUGAUUGUUGGAAAUCCAAUAGAACUGAAGUGUAAAGCAGCAGGAAACCCAAUACCAGCUAUAAUAUGGUUCAAAGACAACCGGCCCAUCAACACAAGAUUUGGAGCUUCCACAUUGAACCGCGGUCAAGUUUUCCAGAUUACCAAUGCCCAGGUAACAGACAUGGGUGUGUACAAGUGUACAGCCAUCAAUGUGGCAGGAGCUGCUGAGAUAUCCUACAAAGUCGACAUUUAUGUUCCUCCAACAAUCUCCGGCAGCAGUGACAUGGUGACGGUGGUGGUCAAUAAUCCUGCUAGAUUGGAGUGCGAGGCCAGUGGAAUCCCGAUGCCAAACCUGACAUGGCUGAAAGAUGGCAGCCCCAUCUCCAGCUUUUCCGAUGCAGUUCAGAUUCUGUCUGGGGGCCGAGUGCUUGCUAUCACCAGUGCUCAGAUCAGUGACACUGGCAAGUACGUGUGUGUAGCCGUGAAUGCUGCAGGAGAACAGCAGAGGGACAUUGAUCUCAGAGUUUAUGUUCCUCCAAAUAUCAUGGGAGAAGAGCAGAAUGUCUCGGUCACCAUAAACCAAGGUGUUGUGCUCAAGUGUGAAAGUAAUGCAAUCCCUCCUCCAAUACUGCACUGGCUAAAGGAUGGAAGGCCUCUCUUCAAGAAGCCAGGUCUCAGUGUUUCUAAUGAUGGAAGUACCCUAACAAUUGAAGCUGCUCAUGUUCUGGAUACAGGGCGUUAUACAUGUGAAGCCACAAACGUGGCUGGUAAAACAGAAAAAAACUACAACUUAAACAUUUGGGUUCCACCCAAUAUUCAAGGAUCAAAUGAAUUAUCCAAGCUGACAGUCAUAGAAGGAAACCUAAUCAGCUUAGUUUGUGAAUCCAGUGGUAUUCCACCACCAAGCUUGAUGUGGAAGAAGAAUGGUUCCCCGUUACUGAAUGAUCUAAAUGGAGAGGUCCGUGUUGUCUCAGGUGGGCGACAGUUGCAGGUCUCCAAUGCUAAACCAUCAGACAGUGCAUCCUACACUUGUGUGGCCACCAAUAUUGUUGGAACUACAAUGAAAGAAUACACGCUGGAAGUCUAUGUCCGGCCAACCAUCAGCAACAGCGGGAGGCACCCAACAGAAGUCAUUAUUAUUCAAGGGAAUGACGCUACCUUAGAAUGUGAGGCUCAAGGAAUUCCUCGGCCAGCACUGACAUGGAUGAAAGAUGACCAUCCCCUUGUGCAUGACAGAAGCGUGAACAUUUUAAAUGGUGGACAGCUACUCCAGAUUAAGAAUACGCAGGUUUAUGACACUGGGCGGUAUACGUGUGUGGCUGUGAAUGUAGCAGGGCAAGUCGAUAAGAAAUAUGAUCUCAACAUACAUGUGCCACCAAGUAUUAGUGGAACCAGUGGGUUUCCAGAGAAUGUCAGUGUUGUGGUUAAAAAUCCUGUUGCAUUGACUUGCGAAGCCUCAGGCAUCCCUCUUCCAUCAAUCACAUGGCUAAAGGAUGGACAGCCAAUCAGUCAAAGCAAUGCUUUGAGAAUCCUCUCGGGAGGUCGUAUACUACGCCUGAUGCAUGCAGCAGAGGAGGAUUCUGGGAUGUACUCGUGUGUUGUGACAAAUGCUGCAGGGGAAGAGAUCAAAGGCUUUGACCUUGAUGUCUUAGUACCACCCAGCAUAAUUAAUGAUAAGAUGGAAGAUGUAAAAAUAAAGGAGAAUCGCAGUAUCACUCUCACUUGUGAGGUUUCAGGCAAUCCAGUUCCACAAAUAAGAUGGCUGAAGGAUGGUGAACUUUUGACUGACGACCUGCAGCAUCAGAUCCUAUCCAGUGGGCGUUUUCUACAGAUUGGAAUGGCACGUGUGUCUGACACCGGGCGAUACACUUGCAUUGCUUCUAACACAGCGGGGGACAAGAACAAGAAUUUCAAUCUAAAUGUGCUAGUGUCUCCAAAAAUUCUUGGUGUUGACAGUGAAGGCACUCCGGAGGAUGUCACUGUUAUUCUGAACAAUCCCACCUCCCUUGUGUGCGAGGCACAGUCAUACCCACCUGCAAUUAUCACCUGGCUUAAAGAUGGAGCACCUUUUGAAUCCAACAAAAAUGUUCAUAUUCUUCCAGGAGGAAGAACUCUUCAGAUUCUCAAUGCUCAGGAAAAGGAUGCUGGAAGAUAUACCUGUAUUGCUACUAAUGAGGCUGGAGAAACAUUAAAAAAUUAUGAAGUCAAGGUUUAUAUCCCUCCUACUAUCAACAAAGAUGAUAACCUGGAUUUUGGUCUGUCUCCUGAAGAAGUUAAGAUUAAAGUAAACAGCACCCUGACUCUCGAGUGUGAAUCUUAUGCAAUUCCAGCAGCCACCCUCCACUGGUACAAAGAUGGACAGCCUCUGCAGGUGGGUGAUCACAUCACCAUCACGGCAAAUAGCCGGAUUAUUCAAAUCAAGAAUACCCAGAUUUCAGAUACAGGACGGUAUACUUGUGUGGCCACCAAUAUUGCUGGAGAGGACGAGAAAGAUUAUGAUGUAAAUGUUCAAGUUCCACCAAGUUUUAUGAAGCCGGAAAAUAGCCAUGAUAUAAACGGGAGAGCACUGGAUGGGAGCAGAGUAGUUGAAUUCAAGGAUGUAGUCAUUAACAACCACAUCUCCUUGUACUGUGAGACCAAUGCUGUCCCUCCACCAUCUCUCACUUGGUACAAAGACGGCAUACUGCUGACAUCAAAUGGCAAUGUUCUGAUACUGCCAGGAGGACGCAUUCUACAGAUACCCAGAGCACAAGCUGAGGAUGCAGGGAGGUAUACAUGCGUGGCCAUGAAUGAAGCAGGCAAAGACUCGAUUCAGUAUGAACUGAGGGUUAUGACUCCUCCUUCUAUUAAACGGAUUGACAGUGAUUUACCUGAAGAAGUCAUUGUACUGGUUAACAAGACUGCCAUGUUAGACUGCAUUGUCAGUGGAACACCCACUCCCAAAAUCACCUGGCUCAAGGAUGGCCAGCGGUUAGAAGCAAAUGAUCCCUACAAACUCCUCGCCAAUGGACGAACACUUCAGGUGCUCAAUGCUCAAGUGUCAGAUACCGGCAGAUAUAUUUGUGUUGCCAAAAAUGUAGCUGGAAGUACUGAAAAAUACUACAAUUUAAAUGUCCAUGUGCCACCCAGUAUCGUGGGCUUCAACACAGAGAACAUGACUGUUGUGAUAAAUAACUUCUUCUCUUUGACGUGUGAAGCCACUGCUUUUCCCCCACCCAGCCUCACCUGGCUUAAAGACGGGACACCUCUGCAUUCCAACACCAACAUACUCAUCUUGCCAGGAGGCCGGACUGUUCAGUUGCCUCGGGCUAAGCUCACCGAUGGAGGAAAAUACACGUGUUUGGCCAUGAAUCAAGCAGGAGAAGCUGAAAAGCAGAUUUACCUCACAGUUUAUGUUCCACCAACUAUUAAGGAUGGGCCAGGGGAUUCCCCACACUCGGUCAGUGUCCGCACUGGGAGUACAGCCAUGCUGGAGUGUGAAUCAAAUGCAGUACCACCACCCAUCGUCACCUGGUUUAAGAAUGGCCGGCCAGUUAUCCAGUCCAGCAACAUUCGAAUUCUGGCCAAUGGCCAAACUCUGGAGAUCACAAAUGCUGAGAUUUCAGACACAGGCCAGUAUGUCUGUAAGGCCACAAAUAUUGCUGGGCAAGUGGAUAAGAAUUUCCACCUCAAUGUACACGUCCCACCCAGAAUUGAAGGCCGGGCAGAGGAAAACGUCAGUGAGAUCAUUAACAAUCCUGUCACUUUUGCCUGCGAUGCUACUGGCAUUCCUCCACCGACGUUAUCUUGGCUGAAGAAUGGGAGAACCAUUGAAAAUGCUGAUUCCUUGGAGAUGCACGUUCUGUCUGGCGGCAGCAAACUGCAAAUUGUUCGCUCUCAGCUUGCAGACAGCGGCUCCUACACGUGUGUGGCAAGAAACGUGCAGGGGGUGGCUCAGAAAACCUACAUCCUGACAAUUCAAGUCCCGCCGAGUAUUUCUGGUUCCGAGAUGUCCAGUGAAGUCAGUGUUCUACUGGGUGAGAGUGUGAAGCUGUUUUGUGAUGCUGAUGGCAUUCCCAGACCUUCAGUGCAGUGGCUUAAAGACGGCAAACCUCUUAAUGAUGCUGAUGUUAAACGAGUAAGAGUGAGUCCAGAUGGCAGCACCCUCCACAUUAAUGGGACAGUGACUUCAGAUGUUGGUAAAUACACUUGUGUGGCCACCAACUCUGCCGGUGAGGAAGAUCGCAUUUUCAACCUCAAUGUUUAUGUUCCACCAACUAUUCAUGGUAAUCAGGAAGAGAACCUGGAACUCACAACUAUAUUGGACAACUCUAUUAACAUUGAGUGCAUGGCUACUGGCUCCCCUCCUCCACAGCUGAACUGGUUAAAGAAUGGGCUUCCUCUGCCCAUUUCAUCUCAGAUCCGACUGCUCUCUGCUGGCAAAGUUCUGAGAAUUGUGCGGGCACAGGUGUCAGAUGGUGGGACGUAUACAUGUGUGGCUUACAAUCGAGCCGGUGUGGACAACAAGCGUUACAAUGUAAUAGUGUACGUCCCUCCAAGGCUAGAUGGUGCUGGCGGCACGGAAGACAUCACAAUAUUACUGGGGAAUCCAGCAUCCCUAACAUGCAUCACUGAUGGAACGCCAACUCCAACGCUAGCGUGGCUGAAAGAUACAGAACCUCUCCGGCUGGGCCCGCUCAUGACCGUAGGAAACCAGGGAAUGUUGCUGCAGAUUUCUGCAGCUGAGGUGAACGACAGUGGAAUGUACACCUGUGUGGCGGCCAAUGAAGCUGGGGAGGUCAGCAAGCACUUCAGUUUGAAAGUGCUGGAUCCGCCUCAUAUCAAUGGCUCUGAUAUUACUGAGGAAGUCUUUGUGGUUGUGAACAACCCCUUAGAACUACACUGCGUUGCCACGGGCAUCCCGACUCCUAAACUGACCUGGAUUAAGGAUGGACGUCCAUUGUCUCUGACAGAUGCUGUUCACGUUCUUCAUGGUGGUGAAGUGCUGAGAAAAGAGAAUGCUCAGGUGCAAGAUACAGGUAGAUACACUUGUCUGGCAUCCAGUACAGCAGGGGAUGAUGACCGAGAGUAUUUGGUGAGGGUGCAUGUACCACCAAACAUUGCUGGUCAAAGUGGACCACAGGACAUAGCAGUGCUAAAGAAUGGACAGGUAAUCCUGGAGUGCAAAUCCGAUGCUGUACCACCUCCAACACUAGCUUGGCUAAAGGAUGGAAAACCAUUAAAGGCCACCCCUCGUCUACGUAUCCUGUCCAGUGGAAGAUACCUUCAGAUUAAUAAUGCUGAGCUUGGGGAUGCAGCUCGAUAUGUUUGUGUAGCAAGCAACAUUGCAGGGAAAAUGACAAGAGAGUUUACUGUAACAGUGAACGUUGCUCCAACAAUCAGAGGUUCACAGACGGUGACUGCCCACAUGAACCAGACAGCAGUGCUCGUAUGUGUGGUCAACGGUGUACCAACUCCUCCUGUCACCUGGAGAAAGGAUGGUGCCAUUCUCUCAGCAAGCAACUUGCGGUACUCUUUCUUAGAAGAUGGUUCAUUGCAUAUCAGCUCAGCUCAGGUAACAGAUACAGGUCGUUACCUGUGUAUGGCGACCAACGCAGCAGGAACAGCCCGUAGGAGAAUUGAUGUACAAAUCUACGUUCCUCCAUCCAUUGCUCCUGACGUCAACAAUAUCACUGUUCUAGUCAAUGUGCAGACCACUCUGGCUUGUGAAGCAUCUGGUAUCCCAAAGCCUACAGUCAGCUGGAAGAGGAAUGGGCGACUGCUCAACACUGAUCAUCAUCAGAAUAUAUACAGACUGCUUUCCUCUGGUUCUCUUGUAAUCAUCUCACCGACUGUAGAAGACACUGCGCAUUAUGACUGCAAAGUCUCGAAUUAUGCAGGGGAAGAUCAAAGAGUUAUCCAACUUACUGUACAAGUUCCUCCGUCAAUUGCGGAUGAAGCGACAGAUUUAUUGGUAACACGGUUGGCACCAGCCAUCAUUACCUGCACUGCUUCUGGCGUCCCAGAACCAAGCAUUCACUGGACCAAAGAUGGGCUCAGGCUACCAGCUCAAGGUGAAGGCUACCUCAUUCUCUCCACAGGAACAAUUGAGAUUGGUGCUGCUGAGCUCAAUCAUGCAGGAAGAUACACGUGUAUUGCAAAGAAUGCUGCUGGCACUGCACGAAGACAAAUCAACCUCCGUGUACAAGAACCUCCUGUGAUUCAAACCCAGCCCAGCAGUCUGGAGGUGAUUCUGAAUAAUCCCAUUACUCUUCCAUGUGAGGCUACUGGCACACCAAACCCCAUGAUUACAUGGCAGAAAGAAGGCAUCAGCAUUAACACUGCAGAAGGAGAUUACACUGUCCUACCUAAUGGGGGCCUUCAGAUUACACGAGCUGCAGUGAAGGAUACAGGAACGUAUAUGUGUGUUGCACAGAACCCAACUGGCACAGCGCUGGGGAAGAUUCGGCUGAGAGUGCAGGUGCCCCCAGUCAUAAUGGCCCAUCCAACAAACUAUAUCGUUGCUUUGGAUAAACCAGUCUCCAUGGUUUGUGAGGCCAAAGGACACCCAAAUCCUGAAUUCACCUGGAACAAAGAUGGACAUGCGGUUUUGGAGAGCAUUCGCCAGAGGAUCCUCAGUACUGGAGCUCUGCAGAUUGCCUUUGCCCAGUCCCAGGACACUGGGAGAUACACCUGUACAGCAUCCAACCCUGCAGGAUCCAGCAACUCUGUCAUGAUUCUGACAGUUCACAUUCCGCCCUCCAUCCGCACCUCAACCACUGAGUUCAGCACGACUGAAGAAUCUCGGGGAAUAAUACCCUGCCGUGCUGACGGACUUCCUGCGCCAGUGCUGACCUGGCAGAAAGACGGCAAAUCCGUGCAGGAAACUCCAGGAAAAUACAGAUUGUUGCGGUCAGGAGAGCUCAUUGUGGAAAAUGCAGCGCCUGAUGACGCUGGCAGCUACACUUGUAUUGCUACCAAUGUGGCCGGCCGUGAUACCAGGACUGUCACCCUGAAUGUCUUCACCCAUCCUACAUUUUCAGAACUGCCAGGCGAUGUAUCUCUCAACAAGGGGGAACACUUAGCAUUGAAUUGUGCAGCUAACGGUAUUCCUACACCCAAAAUUGCCUGGACUUUCAACAACAACAUUAUACCCGCUCGAUACGAUUAUGUUAAUGGGCACAGUGAAUUGGUAAUUGAAAAAGUGUCCAAUGAUGAUUCAGGCACAUAUGUUUGUACAGCAGAAAACCGAGUGGGAUCCAUCAAAGCCAUUGGAUUUGUGUAUGUCAAAGAGCCUCCAAUCUUUGAUGGUGAUUUCAAUCCAAACCGCAUCGAGUCGCUUGGAGGAAAUGCUAUCCUAAACUGUGAGGUGCGAGGUGAUCCACCCCCUACUAUUCAGUGGAGUAAGAAAGGAAUCCAUAUUCAGAUCAACAACAGGAUUCGCCAACUCCACAACGGUUCACUGGCUAUCUACGGCACUGUGAAUGAAGAUGCAGGAGACUAUAAGUGCAUUGCUACUAAUGAUGCCGGCGUGGUUGAGCGCAGUGUGACCCUGACUCUGCAGAGUUCCCCAGUGUUCACAGUCGAACCUAUGGAUACCAUUGCUGAUGCUGGAAACACAGUGAUGCUGAACUGCCAAGCAGGAGGAGAGCCACUUCCAACUGUGGAAUGGUCCCAGCAAGAGCGGUCACUCGUUGGGAACAACAGGAUCACAAUCUUAUCCAACAGCUCGUUGCGGCUCACAGCAGUACAGAAGGAGGACACGUCAGAAUACGAGUGUGUGGCCAGGAACCUAUUGGGUUCAGUGCUUGUCCAAAUCACCUUGACUGUACAAGUACAUGGUGGGUUUUCCGAGUGGUUGAAGUGGGGACCGUGCAGUGUGACCUGUGGACAGGGAGUACGGAAACGGCUGCGACUUUGUCAAGAUCCAGUUCCUGCAAACGGAGGACGGUAUUGCCAGGGCACUGACACAGAAACACGGGAAUGCCAAUCCAAACCUUGUCCAGUGGAUGGGAGUUGGUCCAAGUGGGGCCAGUGGGAAGAGUGUUCUCGUACUUGCGGCCAGGGAAACCGGACAAGGACCCGGAGUUGCAGUAAUCCAUCAUUCCAGUUUGGGGGGAGACGGUGUGAGGGCAAGGCAGUGGAGGCCAUCAUGUGCAACAUCCAGCCAUGUCCAGUGGUUGGUGGCUGGAGUCCCUGGUUGCCAUGGAGUCCAUGCAGUGAGACCUGUGGGAAAGGUACUCAGUCUAGAUUGCGACUCUGCAACAAUCCACCCCCAUCAUUUGAUGGGUCACACUGUGAAGGCCAAGACGCACAGACGCGCGUUUGUAGGAACAGGAUGUGCCCAGUGGAUGGGAAAUGGACACCUUGGAUCAGCUGGAGUGCUUGUAGUGUGUCAUGUGGAGGAGGCACUCGCCAAAGGGCCAGGACCUGUUCCAACCCUAUGCCGCAGCAUGGAGGCCACUACUGUGAAGGCAGUGAUGUACAAAUGGACUUCUGCAACACUGACCCGUGUCCUAUACAUGGGAAUUGGGGUCCAUGGAGCAGUUGGGGAACCUGCAGUCGAACAUGCAAUGGAGGCCAAAUGCGAAGCUAUCGUACCUGUGACAAUCCCCGGCCAGCAAGCGGUGGAAGGGCCUGUGCUGGAGCUGACACACAGAUUCACCGCUGUAACUCCGAUAUUUGCCCAGUGGAUGGAAACUGGGGUCCUUGGCAAGCAUGGAAUGAUUGUUCAGCAACAUGUGGAGGUGGAGAACAGAAGAGACUCCGUUUGUGUAACAAUCCAGUGCCAUUGAAUGGAGGCCGCUCAUGCCCAGGAGAUAGUUCUCAGGUCUCCAGGUGUAAAACGCAAACUUGUCCAGGUGGUCCUCAGCGUGCCAGGGGAAGCGUUAUAGGAAAUAUUAAUAAUGUGGAAUUUGGUGUUGCCUUGCUGAAUGCCACCAUAUUUGAGAGUUCAGAAACUGGGACACGAAAUAUACAAGCAGAAAUCUCCAAUGUGCCAAGAAGCAUUGGGCCUGCCAUGAGGAAACUCAUUUCAAUCUUAAAUCCCAUUUAUUGGACAACUGCAAAGGAAAUUGGGGUAGCAUUCAAUGGAUACACUCUAACAAAGGGAGUUUUCAGGCGGGAGACACAAGUUGAGUUUGCCACUGGAGAGAUACUACGAAUGACGCACAUUGCUAGAGGCCUGGACUCAGAUGGGGCACUAUUACUGGACAUUGUGGUGAAUGGAUUUGUGCUGCAACUUCCCUCAUCUGUAAACCUCAAUGUUAAGGACUACUCGGAGGACUAUGUUCAGACAGGACCAGGCCAGAUUUAUGCCUACUCCACCAGAAUGUUUACAGUAGAUGAUGCCAGUGUACCAUAUUCUUGGAAUCACACCAUCACUUACAAUCAUAAUCUAGGCCAAAUGCCAUUUCUUGUGGAGACACUCCAAGCUACUGCCAUUGAGGCAACAUAUAGACCACUAGAUGAAAUUCUGGAGUACAAGAUCCAUGCCAUCAUUGGAAAAGGUGACCAUAGUAAUCAGUGUCCAGGCGGUUUUGCUUUGGAUUCAGCUAGGCCCUAUUGCUCAGAUGAAGAUGAGUGUUCCAUCCAUAAUUCCUGUUCUCAUAUAUGCCACAAUGCAAUGGGGACAUACUACUGUUCCUGCCCAACUGGUCUCAGCAUUUCUGCAGAUGGAAGAACUUGUCAAGAUAUUGAUGAGUGUGCUUUAAGUGGUCGUAUUUGUCAUGCAGGCCAAGACUGCGAAAAUACCAUUGGAUCAUAUCACUGCGUAGUAAGGUGCAGCAUUGGUUUUAGGCGGACUCCUGAGGGUUUAAGUUGCCAAGAUAUCAACGAAUGCCAUGAAUCUAAUCCCUGUCAACAUCGCUGUCUAAACGUCAUUGGGAGCUACCGGUGUGUAUGCAAUCGAGGUUAUCAGCUAAGAGGUAGAAGAUGUAUAGAUAUCAAUGAGUGCAGACAAAAUGUAUGCCGUCCAGAUCAACAAUGCAAGAACAGCCGAGGGGGAUUCAGGUGCAUUGAUCUGUGUCCAAGUGGAAUGACCAAAGCUGAAAAUGAAAGUUGUAUUGAUAUCAAUGAGUGUAAAGAUGGCACCCAUCAGUGCCGUUACAACCAGAUCUGUGAGAACACUCAAGGGAGCUACCGUUGUGUUUGUCCGCGAGGUUACAGAUCUCAGGGUGUCGGAAGGCCUUGUGUUGACUUUGACGAAUGUGAACGGGUGCCUAGACCUUGUGCACACCAGUGCAUCAACACACCUGGCAGCUUCAAGUGCGUGUGUCCAGCUGGACAACAUUUGUUGGGUGAUGGGAAAUCUUGUGCUGGAUUAGAAAGAUUACCAAAUUAUGAGAGAAUUUAUAACUAUGCACAGUUCCCCAAUGUGGGUUACUACAACCAGCAACAAUUUAGUCAGACCUCACAGUAUAGACCCCGCGUGGGCUCCGGAAGCCUUUACCGUGCGCCUUUCUCGAGGACUGGCAGGAGCAUUAGAAAAACAUGCCCUGAAGGCUAUGAGGCAAAGCAUGGCAAUUGCAUAGAUAUUAAUGAAUGUGAAAACAAGGAACCUUGUCAGCAUGACUGCAAGAACAGAGCGGGGAGCUACCAAUGUCUCUGUCCCACUGGAUACAGACUCAUGCCCAACGGGAAAGCAUGUCACGAUGUUGACGAAUGUCUAGAACAAAACAUCCAUUGUGGGGCCAGUCGUAUGUGCUUCAAUAUGAGAGGCAGUUAUCAGUGCAUAGACACACCUUGUCCACAAAAAUACCAGAGAGAUCCAGUUACUGGAUUUUGCCUGAAAAACUGUCCAUCCAAUGAUCUGGAGUGUGCUCUCAGUCCCUACGCCUUGGAGUAUAAACUUGUUGCCCUCCCGUUUGGUAUUGCUGCUAACCAGGAUCUUAUCCGUCUGGUGGCUUAUACUCAUGAUGGAGUGAUGCAUCCCAGAACUGUCUUCUAUAUUGUCGAUGAGAACCCGCUGAUACCUUUUGCAAUUCGAGAUGAGAACUUGAAAGGAGUUGUAUUUACAACUAGACCACUACAAGAGCCUCAGACAUAUCGGAUGAAAGUACGAGCUUCAUCAUACAGUGCAGAUGGAAACAUUGAAUAUCAGACUACUUUUAUAGUUUAUAUUGCAGUGUCUGCAUACCCAUACUAAGAAGCACAACAACAUAUAAUUUUUAUUCACUCAAGUAAAUAGGAAUCAAGUCCACCGGAAGCAAAUGUUUAAAAUCUGCCAUUAUCUAAUACAGUUGUGAAAAUGGUGCUAUGUUUUGGCAGUACACAUACCUGAAGGUUGAAGACAGCAGGCAACACAUUGCCAAGCUGUUCAAACAAGGGAAGCAAAUCAUCAUUCUCAACAAUGGAAAGUUCUGACCAAAUUACCACCGACCAUUUAAAGUCAUUACACUGUAUAAGAAAGCGACAAGUUCUGGGAGUCAGAUAUCAAGAUGUAUUCUAUUUUUAUGAAAUGUAUAUAAGAACAAUUCUGUGCAUUUUAUAUGCAGUUACCUUUGGUGCAUUUAUUUUUUUUCCUCAAAAGACUAAAGUGUAACAUCAGAUAAUGAAAUAAAGGUCACAUCCUUCUAAUUUG